AGCACUCAUACGCAUACCCAAUAUUGGCCCCGCCCACCCCGACGCACCCUUUCCAAAUGUACAACCCCACACAUAAGUGAUGCAGCCCGCGUCUUUCGUUUUCCUGUAUUUUUCUGCAAUGACUGUCGGCGUUCUGGUGAAAAAGUUUGAGAGAGUGUUUUUGCGAACAUCUUCCUCUACUAGUGGCGCAUCAAGGUCAACAACAAGGGCUAGUAGCUUCUCCAGGACAUCAAUAAUACCAGAUGCCACUCACAUAUUCGACGCCGACUACAAUUCUAGUGAAGAUGAAGCUCCACCAUAUCGCGUUUCUGUGAGGAGUCUAUUGAUUUGUGCCUGAGGACUACAACCUUCCGUGGUCGUGGGAAGAAACAAAAAUGGAGACGUUUUUUAGCGCUUCUUACAGAGUAGAGCCUUAGUUAUUAGCACCGGAGUCGUCGAAUCAACAUAAACGAGCACUUGUCAAACAGUUCAGUUACUACUACAUCAGCUGCGAUAAGAAUGCUAACCGGAGCUCGUGGUGUGGUGAUCGGGGAACAGCCUCAAAAGCCCCCGUACUCGAGUAACUUCGUAAUACCGUGCGCCAGAAAAAUUCUCGACUAUGUCAACAAGAUAAGAUAUCCUGACGAAAAACGUACCCACACCAUAGUCAAGAUGGGGAAUCGGCUAGACAAAUCCACAAGUUUUGGCUGUUUUGCAUCACAAAUUUGGACUCAUAGCGUAGUGCUGUUUGAGCUACCUCAGCAGCAUCACAGACCUAGCAUACCAUGCUGAUUGGAGCAUGACAAAUUGCAAAACACGACUAGAAACAGCUUCUCAUGAGGCUCCGCAUGAGAAACAUUCUCAGCAUGCAGAUUUGCAUUACAACUCUGGUGUGGGUACGUUUUUACUCAGGAUAUAAGAAUCGAGAAGGGGUUGCUGCCCCUGAACACGCACAAGGGGCUUUGUCGCGCGGCCGAGACGCAUGCAGGUAAACGAAAAUGAAAUCUUGUCUUUUCUCGCUUUCUUCUUUGUUUUUUCUUACCGAUCGGAGGCUCUUCUUUCGUUUUGUUUUGGCAAUUUCAUCAAUUUCGCAGCAAACUGAAUGUGAGAAGUGAUGCUGAUGUUACCUUACUUUCAAAACAGAAUAUAUUACUCGAAAUCCUCUCUAGUACUGAAACAACAUCAACAUCAGCCCGCAUGUCCGAGGCCCUGGUUCCGUUCUCCCACCAAAACGCGCUGUCCCGGAUAAAUGACGCCGGGACGUUUGAGGGCUGCGGGGAGAAUCUCGCCCGGUUAGAGAACUACGGCCUCGAGGCGGUUCCGGAAGCGGCGGUGGACGGGUGGGUCCAUUCGCCGGGUCAUUUUCGCAACAUGGUCAUGCCGGACUUCAACGUGUGUGGGAUAGGCUUGGCGACCUACUACAAAAACCCGGACAAUCGACAUCUAGCCGCGCAGGAAGCGAGUGGCGGGGAGUUGCCCUAUUUGGCCCACGCGACCGGGCAGUGUCCACAGUUAGAGGAACCGAGAGAAUCCGUGACCUUUGUAACGAUGUUGUUCGGGAUAGAAAGGGUGCAGAAGGAAAACGCAAAGACCAAAGUGAUGGAAAGUACAACUAUAGCACGCACUUGCUUCUGUUUUUGUUGCCAAGAUGAAUUUGAAAGAUCUGCAGAUGCAUGGUACUGACAAGUGUACGUUCUGCUGAUAGUGAUAUAGAAGAUUCCUUUAGAUCACUCGCAAACACGACAGAAACCGACGCCACAAUUUGUGCCUGCGGCCUCGUCGGCGCCGCCAUUGGCGGCAUUCUCACCGGUGGCAUGCUGGGGGUCGCGGCCGGAUCUUUUCUCCACAAAGCAGUCGGGAUUACGCCAAAGGGCACGGCUUUCUGCUAUCCAAAGAAAAAAACCCAUCCCCAUCCAUUUUUUGCAUGACAAACACAGAACUUUAUAUAUACGUGUUUUGCAUGACUACAAAUUGGAUGGGGAUGUUGGGUGUUUUUUCCUGGAUAUCUGCAUCAAGGAGUUCACGAAGAGGUCGGUACUGGGUCUAGGGAAAUUGAAGUGCUCCUUCUGCGAAAACGAGAACGCGAAGUACGAACUAGACGACGCCCUUUUCUGCGCCGACUGUUGGUCGGUACCGCCGGACGGGGUGGGGUUUACAGCGGAGCAGCGCGACGAGUCGGCGUUUGUCGUUUUGUAG